CACCUUUAAUUAUUGCCCUGCUGAGAGUCGGGAGUGGCCUCGUGCGCCCUCAGGGUGCGCCCCGCAGGCGCUGCACGCGCAGCCGGCGCGGGGCAGCUCAUAGGUAGGAUCCGGGACGAUGGGCGUGUAGCGCCGGAAGAGACGCGCAUCACACAGGAGCUUCCCGCACGCGGCGGCUUGGACUUUAGGAGUAACGAAGAUGAGUUUGCGGGUGAGACCCGGUUAUUCCCGGCAGGAGGUCAACAAAACGUCGUGGGAAGUACCGGAUCGGUACCGGGACCUGAAGCAGGUGGGCUCGGGAGCGUACGGGACGGUGUGCUCAGCAACAGACUCCAGAACUGGAGCCAAGGUGGCCAUCAAGAAGCUCUACAGACCUUUCCAGUCGGAGAUCUUCGCCAAGCGGGCUUACAGGGAGCUGAGGCUCCUCAAACACAUGAAACAUGAGAACGUGAUCGGCCUGCUGGACGUCUUCACUGCAGACCUCUCCUUGGACAGAUUCCUUGACUUUUAUCUGGUGAUGCCGUUCAUGGGGACGGACCUGGGGAAGCUGAUGAAGAUGCACAAGCUGUCGGAGGACAAGAUUCAGUAUUUGGUGUAUCAGAUGCUCAAAGGCUUGAAGUAUAUUCACUCAGCUGGUAUCAUUCACAGAGAUCUUAAGCCUGGAAAUCUCGGCAUCAACCAAGAUUGUGAACUUAAGAUCUUGGACUUUGGGUUAGCGCGGCAGACAGACAGCGAGAUGACGGGGUACGUGGUGACCCGCUGGUACAGAGCGCCGGAGGUCAUCCUGAGCUGGAUGCACUACACUCAGACCGUGGACAUUUGGUCCGUGGGCUGCAUCAUGGCAGAAAUGCUUCAAGGAAAACCUCUUUUUAAGGGCAACGAUCACCUGGAUCAGCUGACUGAGAUCAUGAAGAUCACAGGAACACCAAGUCCAGAAUUUUUGUCCAAACUUGUCUCUGAAGAAGCUAAGAAGUACCUCAAAAGUCUGCCAAAACAGGAAAAGAAAGACCUUCAGAAGGUGUUUCCCUCAUCUGAUGUACACGCCGUCUCUAUGAUGGAGAAGAUGCUAUUGCUGGAUCCAGAAAAACGAGUCACGGCCGCUGAGGCGCUCACGCUCCCUUACUUCACCGAGUUCAGGGACAGCGAGGAGGAGAAGGAGGCGCAGCCAUACGACCACUCCCUGGACAACGCGGAGCUUUCUGUGGACCAGUGGAAACGUCACACAUUCACAGAGAUCUUGACCUUCAAGCCCGUCCUGCCGGACUCCAAAGAAACCUCUCUUUAAGAAAGGCCUUGGACCUCUUUUGGAGAUCAGAUCAAACUAAGACUCCUUCAGCAGGAAAACCUUUGGAUCACAACGUUUGAUGAACGUUCUUCAGACUUGAUGAGGAUCCUUUUCUAGCCCAACCUUCAAUCAUUUAACAUUUUUCAUGUUUCUGAAAUGAUGAAAACUUAAAGCUUCGCUUUGAAUCGUUUAUAUAACUGCUAUUCUUGAAAGAAACCUCUAAAUUUGAGCUUUUUAAC